AUGUUGUCAUCAUGGGUGGGGGAGGAUUGUUUCCUGUGGGAAAGAAUCCACUGCGACAGUCUCACUGGAACGGUUGACAGCCUCAAUCUCAGAGGAGAUUAUUAUUUUGGUGGCGAAGGAGACAAAUACUUAGUUGGUAAAGAGGUGAACUCUUCUUUGGCUGAGUUGAGGCAUCUCAAGUACCUGGACUUGAGUUGGAAUGAUUUACGUGGAAGCCGGAUCCCUAAGUUCAUAGGAUCCUUCAAACAGCUGAGAUAUCUCAAUCUCUCUUAUGCUGGUUUUCAAGGUAUUAUUCCUCCUCACAUUGGAAAUCUUUCUAAUUUAAAGGUUUUGGAUCUCAGUUCAAAUUAUAAUCUGACAUCAGAUGAUAUGUCAUGGACUUUUGGCCUUCCAUCACUCGAGCAUCUCGAUUUGAGUUGGGUGGAUCUUGGCGGAGCAAAGAACAUGGACAUGGUGCUUUACAAUCUUCUUUCAUUAAAAGAGUUAAGUUUGCGUGGUUGUGGACUUUCCAAUGUCCAUCUUGGUCCUUUUCUUAAUUCGAGUAGAAUUCUUGCCAACAUAAAACACCUUGAUCUUGGCUUAAAUUCUUUGAAAACUUCACUCCCUGGAUUUUUCCGAAACAUGACAUCCCUAGCAUUCCUAGAUCUUUCUAAAUUUAAUCUUAGUUUGGCAUGGAACUUUGCAAACUUGCUAAACAUGAUCCCUUCUUUAUUAGAGCUGCAUUUGUCACUUUGUGGGCUAGAUAAGACUUUUCUAUCUUCCGCUCAUUUUAAUAUCAGUAUGCUUUCUAACAUCCAACACCUGGAUCUUAGCUGGAAUUCAAUUGAAGGCAUAAUUCCAUCUGUUUUCAGUAACAUGAGUUCCUUAAGAGUCCUUGAUCUCUCAAGAAACAUGCUGCAUUCUUCGGUUCCUAUUAUGGCUAACCUUCUAGAGCUUGAUCUUUCUGUUAACCAGCUUACGAAUAUUGAGGAUGUAGGAAUCUGGAGACAGUGUCACCUGAAACAGUUGUUUGCAUUGAGGAAUCCUUCUGAAAUAGAAAGGAUUGACCCACCGCAAAACGUUUCAGAAUGCUCCCAAUAUGCUUUGGAGCGGUUGGAUUUAAGUUGGUGUUUGAAUGGUACGAUUCCAGAAGCAUUUGGAAGACUAACCAAUUUGAGAGUCUUAAGUCUAUGGAAUAGCAGUUUGACAGGUCCAAUCCCUGAAUCUCUAGGAAGAUUAAGAUUCUUAGAGGUAUUAGAUCUACAUGAUAACGAGUUGACGGGUCCCAUUCCUACAUUCCUUGGGAAUCUUUCCAGAGUUAACCUUUCUUAUAACCAAUUGAAUGGUUCAAUUCCAGAAUCCUUUGGAAAUCUAGCAGCUUUAGAAUCUUUGUAUUUACAAUCCAAUCACUUAACAGGCCGCAUCCCAGCAUCUCUAGGAAGACUUGUUUCAUUACAAGAUAUUCUUCUUUCUUCAAAUUUGUUAAAUGGGACUAUUCCCGUCUCAAUUGGGCAACUUGCCAAACUCAUUUCACUAGAUAUCUCAGUCAAUUCCUUAGAAGGAGUAGUUUCCGAAGCCCAUUUUGCUAACAUUUCCAUGUUGAGGUACUUGUAUGCUUCUUCUAACGCCAAGUUAACAUUCAAUGUUUCAUGUGAGUGGAUUCCUCCAUUCCAAUUGAGAAUUCUUCAUCUCAGUUCUUGCAAUAUUACAAAUGGAUUUCCGCAGUGGCUUCGAAAUCAAAGGGAGCUCUCUGUCUUAGUGUUGUCGAAUGCUUCAAUUUCUGGACCUCUGCCCACAUGGUUGCGGGAGAUGCCUGUCAUUUAUUUCUUAGAUCUCUCUCACAACAAACUCAAUGGACCUUUGACAAACCUUCCUAAUGGGAAAAAUGUCUUUGAGAAAUAUGUGGUAUAUGUAGAGGCAUUAAUACUGGUAAAUAACAUUUUCAACGAGUCGAUUCCAAGGUCACUGUGCAGAAGGACAGAUUUAAGAUAUCUUGACCUUUCCAGAAAUAGGUUAACAGGGAGAAUUCCCAAGUGUCUCCAGAAUCUCCAAGAGUUGCAAAACCUGAUAUUAAGCUCGAAUUUGCUUUCAGGUGUCAUUCCAAGCCAUAUAGGUCUCAAGCAUUCAUAUUUGUAUUGGUUAAAACUGAACGACAAUAAGUUCACAGGUAAACUUCCCCGAGAAUUGGGAAAUUUACAAGCUUUAAGAGUGUUAGAUGUGGGUGAUAAUCAACUGUUCGGAAACAUACCCCACUGGAUCGGAGAAAAGCUGACAGAUUUGAUGGUUUUAAGGUUACAUGGGAAAUUCCAGAAUCUUUGUGCAAAAUGUCGAAACUUCAAAUUUUGGAUGUUGCAUACAACAACUUAA